GUUCGUUACUUCGUCGGCAGGGUUCGUUUCUUCGUCGGCAAGGUUCGUUUCUUCGUCGGCAAGGUUCGUUUCUUGGGCAGGGUUCGUUUCUUCGUCGGCAAUGAUCGUUUCUUCGUCGGCAAGGUUCGCUUCUUUGUCCGCAAGGUUCGUUUCUUCGUGGGCAAGGUUCGUUUCUUCGUGGACAAAUGUUCCUUUCUUGGGCAAGGUCCGUCUCUUCGUGGCAAGGUUCGUUUCUUCGUCGGCAGGGUUCGCUUCUUUGUGGGCAAGGUUCGUUUCUUCGUCGGCAAGGAUCGUUUCUUCGUCGGCAAGGUUCGUUUCUUCGUCGGCAAGGUUCGUUUCUUCGUCGGCAAGGUUUGUUUCUUCGUCGGCAAGGUUCGUUUCUUCGUGCGCAAGGUUCGUUUCUUCGUCGGCAAGGUUCGUUUCUUCGUGGGCAAUGUUCGUUUCUUGGGCAAGGUUCGUUUCUUCCUCGGCAAGGUUCGUUUCUUGGGCAGGGUUCGUUUCUUCGUCGGCAAUGAUCGUUUCUUCGUCGGCAAGGUUCGCUUCUUUGUCCGCAAGGUUCGUUUCUUCGUGGGCAAC